CCUGAUUAAAAAUUAUCAUUUUUAGGGCACGUUAUCAGUAAAAAGCGUUUAUGGUAAAUUUAAAGACAAAUGUGACAUUUGAAAUGUCAAAACAAACAAAGUUCCUUUAAUCACCACAUUUUUAUAUUGUUAGGUUAUGUGACCAUUUCGCAAACAUUUCUCAAUUUAUUGCCAAUUAAAGAACAACUAUAACUAAAUAAUGGCCGGGGAAGUUGUUGUGGAUGCCCUCCCGUACAUUGACCAAGGAUACGACGAGCCAGGAGUUAGAGAAGCCGCUUUUGCGAUGGUUGAGGAAGAAUGUAGGCGUUACAGACCGACUAAAAACUACUUGGAACAUUUGCCGCCACUAAAUAUAUCGUCGUUUGAGACCCCCAUAAUGCACAAUGAGUUUGAGCGGUUGCAGAGUCGUCUACCUAUGGACACCCUUUCCAUGAAGCGGUACGAGUUGCCACCGCCUCCUAGCGGUAAGUUAAACGAAGUAAGCGCUUGGACGGAGUGCGUGGACAACUCGCAGGCACAGUUGGAACACCAGGCGGUGCGAAUAUUGAAUUUGCAGCUGAUGUUGGAGUAUUGCUGCCCGGCAUGGCAAAGGUACCUUCAAACUUUGACGGAUUUGGAGAAAAUAGCGUCGAAAAAGUUGUCGGAGCUGCGGCAGAUGUUGCAGGAGGUUAAUUGGCAGAGAAAAUCGUUGCAGACUAAAGGUGGCGAGCAAUUGAAAGCAUUGGAGGCUAAAUGGGUGGCCCUGGUGUCACACAAUUAUGAAAUUGAACAGGCUUGUUGCAUGGCCGAGGAGUAUAUUGCACAGGUUAAGCAGAACCCUGAGUUGCUGAGUUAUCAGGCUAAGAAUGAGACAAAUUAGUUCAGUUUUAGAUAGUAUUUAUAUUGAUAAUUUUAAUAAACAAUUAUUGUAUUUAGGAAAAUAAACGAUCUUUUAAUUA